UGAAUUGGUGAAAUUGUUCAAAGUGGCACUCGAUCUGAUGCCCACCGAUGGCCACAAAAUCAUAAUAAAAGCCGAUAAAACACCAAUUGGGGAGCACGCCAGACGAUUCAAUGUAGCAACGAUUGAUGAAGUAGCCAUUGUUGUGGUUGGUGAACAGUUUCGGUCACGAGAUAUUGUUUUGUAUCGUAGAAAUGAGCAAUUACAACGUAUUUCAGAACUCCAUCGCUGUUAUGAUGCAUUGCAAUACCCCAUUUUGUUUUGGAGAGGUCGUCCCCUAUCAUACCAACAUACCAAUGAUAAAUCCAACAACUGGUCAAAAAUCAACGAAAACCGUCAGUGCGAUGAAUUUUUAUUCGUAUCGAUUGAUGAUUCGCCCUCAAGAAAACAAUUUUAUUUUGCGAUGCAAUCAACUUUCGCAUCAAUAUAUCGUCGAUAUGUACGCCAAAAUUGAAAGUGAGCUAUUCAAUUUCAUCCGUCAGAGUCGAGCCCGAUUGAGAUCAGAGGAAUACAUACAUUUGCGUGACGCAAUAAUCAAUGAUGCUUUUAUCGAAUUGCAAGUCAU